AUGGCCGAAGGCAAUGACAUCAAGUUUCCGAAGCAGCUCCCCUCAGCGACACACGAGGUUGUCGUUCUUCUCGCACCUGUGCACCUCAACCUCAAGGAUAUUGAUAGUGACCCCCGGUCGCACGAGCUGAUCUCCUACCACAACCUCUCCAAGUCGGACGAGAUCCGAGAACGAGUGCAGCAUGCCAGCAUCAUCACUACUACAACCGCGCACAUCAACGCCGAAAGUCUGGGCCAGGCACCGCGUCUGAAACGCGUCAUCACGCCGACUGCAGGAAUCAACCACAUUGACCAGGACGAAUGUCACAGAGACUAUUUCGCUGCGAGAAGGAAGACCGUUACGCUUCACAAUGUGGUUAGGGAUACCGAUGAGCACGGCGAUAACCAAUGGAAGAAGAACGGAUGCGUUGCGCACCAGAUGCAAAUGGCUGACAACUUGCCGCCCCUCCCCCUCAAUCAAGAUGUCGCUGGCAUCAUUGGCUACGGAAACAUCGGGACGCGCCUAGCCACUCUAUGUGGGGCACUGGGCAUGAAGGUUCUGAUUUCCGGGCGUAAAGGCAACACCGCUUCUCAAGGUGACCCUGAUUCUGAAGACGACACCGAUUCUCAAGGCGACAACGAUACUUCAUCCACCGAAAGCGAGGACACUACUGUGCUCCGUAUCCCAUUCGACCGUGUCAUCAAGUCGGCCACUGUGUUGUUCAUCUCAUGUGUCUUGAACCGCGAGACCCAUCACUUGAUUGACACCCAACAGCUGGACGCCAUGCGCAAAGCAAUAAUCAUCAACGUUGCCCGCGGAGGUGUCCUGAACGCCAAGGCCGCCUUCCUGGGAGAGGAUACCAAGGAUCUUAACCUCACGCUAUCUCCCUACGUGGCGUACAACUCGCAACAGAGUGUUCUGACGAUGAAGAGAGUGGUAAAGGACCACAUCAAGGACUACGUUUCUGGAAAGGAGUCCACUUCUGACAUGUGA